CGGGCGCGCAGCCGCGCCGGCGCGUCCCGCAUUGGCGGCGGCGGCCUCGUGCGAUGGUGACGCCGUAGGGCCGGAGGAGGCGGCGGCCGGGCCGGGCGGGCGGCGGCAGCGGCGGCCGCGGGACGGGGGCGGCGGCAGCAGCUCCGCCGGCCGUUGCCAGAGCCGAGCCACAGCCAGCCAGACUGAACCAAGAGGAAAGAGAAUAUUUGAGAAGGCUCCCAGCAUCUCAUGACCGAGCCAGCGGAACUCGAUAAUGCUGGUUCUCCAGAGCCAGCCCUGCGGCUCAGGAAGGGACACAUGUCUGACCCUGCCACAGCACAGGCACCCCGGGAGGAGGACAGCUCUCCAGAGAGCCUUCUGCUAGAGGAGCCACCACUGUCUUCUGACGAGGAAAAUUGUUCUGAGGAUAAACACAACGAUGAGCCACCUCAAGAAGAUGAAGGCUUUAUGGGUAUGUCACCUCUUCUACAAGCCCACCAUGCCAUGGAGAGAAUGGAGGAGUUUGUGUGUAAGGUGUGGGAGGGCCGGUGGAGAGUCAUCCCCCACGACGUGCUGCCCGACUGGCUGAAGGACAAUGACUACCUGCUGCACGGCCACCGCCCGCCCAUGCCCUCCUUCCGCGCCUGCUUCAGGAGCAUCUUCAGGAUACACACCGAGACUGGCAACAUCUGGACACACCUCCUGGGAUGUGUGUUCUUCCUGUGUCUGGGAAUCUUCUACAUGUUCCGGCCAAACAUGUCCUUCGUAGCACCUGUGCAGGAGAAGGUGGUCGUGGGGUUGUUCUUCUUGGGAGCCAUUCUCUGCCUCUCCUUCUCAUGGCUCUUCCACACAGUUUAUUGCCACUCAGAAGGUGUUUCCCGGCUCUUCUCCAAGCUGGAUUAUUCUGGCAUUGCACUCCUCAUAAUGGGCAGCUUUGUACCAUGGCUGUACUACUCCUUCUAUUGCAACCCUCAGCCUUGCUUCAUCUACUUGAUUGUGAUCUGUGUCCUGGGCAUUGCAGCCAUAAUUGUCUCACAAUGGGACAUGUUUGCCACCCCUGAAUACCGGGGUGUAAGGGCAGGAGUAUUUCUAGGUCUGGGGCUUAGUGGGGUAAUUCCCACUCUGCACUUUGUCAUCUCUGAGGGGCUCCUGAAGGCAGCCACAAUGGGGCAGAUAGGCUGGCUGGCACUCAUGGCAUGCCUGUACAUCACUGGUGCUGCUCUCUAUGCUGCCCGCAUCCCGGAGAGGUUCUUCCCUGGCAAGUGUGACAUCUGGUUCCACUCCCACCAGCUGUUCCACGUGUUCGUGGUGGCGGGAGCCUUCGUGCACUUCCACGGCGUCUCCAACCUGCAGGAGUUCCGCUUCACGGUGGGCGGGGGCUGCUCCGAGGAGGAGGGCGUGCAGUAGGAGCGGCCCGAGAGCCAAAGGAGCGGCCCGGGGCAGCACCCGGCUGAGAAAAAGGAAUACCUAAGAAGAAUCCAAGUUUCAGCUGAUGAGGCGUGGAGCUUCAUGGGGAUUCUGACUAACCAAGAUAAAUUCUAUACCUCAAGCAAUGGAAUAAAUCAAUUUGAAGACCAGGAAAUUCUGAAAACCUAAUUUAUUCUUGGGAUCUACAGAUUGAGCUACAGAGGACCCUUUCCAAAUCGGCUUCUGUUCAAUGCCAUAUUUAUUUGUAGAAUUGGGGAGGGAUAGCUUAGCAGUUUCCUUUUUUUUAAAAAAAAGAAAAAAAAAGUCAAGGUUAAAUUUAUAUCCUCUUGGAGGGUUUGGGCGUUGAUUUUAGAUGCUGUUUUGGGAGAAAAACAAAUUGUAAAUAAGAUUUCUAACUUUCUGUUUAAAUAAAAUUUAUAUAAAUGUUUUAAACAAUGGGUGGGGGGAAAAGGGUUUUUGUAAAGAAUGCAACAUGCAAGUACCACACACUGUUUCAAUUUUGCACAAAACAAACGAUUGCAGGAGGACCAGGUAAAAUUCCCAGGAGUGAAGAAGGCUGGCCCUGUGGAUUUCCUGUGGCCAGCACGCCCUGGGCAGUGUGGGGUCCUGGCCAACCCCUGGAGCAGGCUCAGGACACGAACACGAGGGCUGUGAAGGCUGGGUUAGUCCUGGUGUCACCCGGGCCACAGCGAGAGCAAAGGGAUUUGCUGCAGUUCUGGGAGGGUGCAUCUGCUCCUUGCCCUGCGUGGGGUCAGCUGCACUGCAGCCUGUGUGCAGGGGAGCUUUGGGGGAUGCAUCCUCCACUUGGUUCCUUUGGUGUCUCAUCCCAGGCCCUGCAGCCUGCUGGGGCGCUGCAGGAGGAAAGGCAAAACACAAACAGCGCGGUCCAUCCGUGCCUGCCUGCAGCCAGAGCCCCGGAGGGGAUGGUGCUGUUUGCUCUGAGGGAGGAUGGCAGGAGACUGCUCAGGAGGUCGUUGAGCAUGUGAGGAAACAGAGGUGGGGUUAAGAUGGGCUGGAAAGAGGGAGCUGUGUGCUCCAGGCCUUGGAGUUAACAGGCACUGCAGACCUCAGGCACAUUUACCAUCCCGUGUGUCAGGCUCCAUAUGCCAAGGCAGUUUGCAGGUUUUUCUUUUUAGGAGGAAUUGAUUCUAACCAGCCCAGUGCAGUUCCUUUUUUUUUUUUUCUUUUGGCCUUAGGUCUGCUUUCCAUCUGUGCUUUAGCAGUGGGACUGCUGGUAUUUCUUAAGCCUAAACCUGAGAGUUCAGCUGGAUUGCUGUGGAGCAGACACCUCCUAUAUAAGGGGAGGCAAAUACCCUUCUCUUGUGUAAUUGAUGUAGCUUGAGCUUUGGAGCCCACUCAGAAGCCAGACUGAAGGAGAAUCUUUGGAGUUGCAAGGUGAAACGUGAAGAUUUUGUUUGUUAUGGCACAGGUAUUGCUUGGAGGCUUUAGCUGGAAAUUCAGAGCAAUUACCUCUCUCACAGAUGAGUUAAACAGCUCAUACUGUGCAGUAUUCACAGGCAAGGAAGGUAAAGGAUGGUUGGUUGUUGUGUGGGGUGAAUUUUUUUGUUGUUGGGUUUGGGGUUAUUUUUUGAUUCCCUCAAGUUUCAGUUUGCAUUCUUCAUGAGAAAGAGAUGGAUUGCAAAGGUCUUCCCAUACUCUGGAUGUCACAGUGUGUUUGGGGGAGUUGCUUUGUCUAAUGGAGUCAGGUAGAAGCAGAAUGCCCUCCUAAGGCUGAGUGGGCAUUGUGGUUCACCCCUGGAGUGGAGUAAAGCCUCUGAGGGCAAGGCCAGCUGCAGGAGGAGCUGCUGCAGCAGCCUGCAGGAUUCGAGGGGUGUGCUCUCAGUAGGGUCCCCACACUGGGUGGGCUGGAAGGAGUCUGUCCCAGGCCUGUGGUGUUUAAAUGGAGGAAGGGGCAGUGUUGCCUUGGAUGGGAGGGCUGGUGGCAUCCCAGACACGGCUGGGGAGGAGUGCUGGUGUGCGAGCCAGGCGUGGCACAUAUCAGAAGCAGAGCUGGCUGGAAGUGCUUUGGGCUCCCUCUGAACAGUACCAGCAGAAGCAGCAGCCUCCAUCCUGCUCAUCCCACGUUCACUCCUCCAAGGCGAUUGUAACCUGGUCCUACACAGCACAGAACUAUUACAAAAACACAGUACUCCACCUGCUAUUCUUAACCCAGUCAGUCUGUUCAAGAAGUUUGUGUGUUCCAAUAAAAACAACCUAGCUGUGCACUUUUCUGUAGCUUUUGCUGAGAACUCUUCCCAGGUUGGCACCUGAAUGCCUUACUCUCAGCAGUCAGAGGCUUGCUUGCUCUGUGUGCAGGUUAUUGCCAUAGAAUAGUUAGGACCUACAGCUUCUUUCCUUCCCCAUUAAAUAGUGGCCUUGUUCAGUAUAUUUCUUUUUAACAAUUGCUUACUGUUGGAAGCAAUGAAGCACAUUCUGGGGUUUUGAUGGCUGGGGACUCUGGUGAUGGUUCCAUAUAAGAUGGGAUCUUAUUACUUGCUGUAUUCUUAACUUCUGCUAAUAAAAGAACCAAAUUGA